GUGGGAACCUGGGUUACAUUUAUCAACAUGUGUUUUCUCUUUUUGUCCAAUUUGGGUCAAGUUCUUCAAUGUCCCUCUUGAACUAUGGACAGAGGAGGGACUUUCUUUUGUUGCAAGUGUAAUUGGGAAGCCUCUGUUUCUUGAUGAACCUACCCGAUUGAAGAGCAGGUUGACUUUUGCUAGGGUGUGUGUGGUAGUUGAUGCUACUAAGGAAAUCCCAAACUCAUUUAAGAUCAAUUUGGGGUAUUGUGAACCUUAUGAAAUUAAGGUUGAAGUCUCGUGGAGACCUUGGAGUCAGAGGCAUGAUGUUUCUAUGGCAAUUGGGGAGGCUUCUAACUCUCUCCCCUCCGGGGCAGGGGAAAAAGGGAAAGAUGUAGUGGAGGAUAGCACAUUUGCAUCCACUUCUAUUAUGUUUGAUGUUCUUGAUCAACUAAAGAGCAUGGAGGGACCUAGCGGUGACAACACUGAGAUGAUCCUUAUGCCUUGUCCAUCCUCAUCUACAAAUCUUGAUGUGCUAGCUUCAUGUGCUCCAAUUGCGGAGAAUUCAAGGGGGCAGAGAAAGAGUAAGGGAGAGGAUAAAUUAUUUUCUUCAAAUAAAGCCAACCCAAGUGGCCUUGUGGAGAUCAAAAUCCUGGGUACAAAUGAAAAGGAAAUUGAGGGAAAUCUGCCAAGAGAAUUGGUUGAAACUCUAGUGAAAAAGGAAGAUGGACUGGUCUUAGGGGAAUGUGAAUUGUAGCAGUUGCAAAUCUUUUUUUAUCAAACCAAUUGAGCCAUGCCCAAAGCCUUCAAGUAAGUUUACAAGUUCAAAGAAUGGUAGCCUAAUAGUUUACCUUGUGUUUUUGUGUUUUUUUUGUGCUUAUCCUCUCGAGUUGUGAGAGCUCUUUUGUUUUCCUUUCCUACCGGGCAUGAGAGGUUGCUUAUAUGCACACUGGAGGACCUGUCUUGAGCUUUGCUGUUUUAUAUAUUUUUUGUACAAAAAUCUCACAUACCAAAAAAAAGUGAUGUCCUGAAUUGGAAGCAUUUUUAUCUAGUUUGCCAGUGAAGGGCAUCCCCAAUGUGGAGAAAAUACUAAAAGCAUAUCUCAAACUCUGUAUCCGAGAAUGAAUAGAGAAUGCCCACGCGAUACAAAGAUUCCAAUUUUUCUAUUGAUCAUUAUCAUGGUGGUUAGCUAGCUCCCUUCGUACUAGUUGGAAAGAAUUCCAAUUUUACGGUGUAUGUUUUUUAAAGCUACCUCAUGAACAAGUUAAAAAAUAAUAAUAAUAACAAUAUUGAAUUUGUUCAUAGCCACAAGGGAAUUGCCUGGUUAAUCUUGUAGUAGUUUAUUCCAUGCAAUUUCUUCAUUUCAUCUAUGGCAAUCCACCAGCCUACAUGAAAUCUAUCACCUGGUCGCACAGUUCUUAUUUAUUUAUAUUUAAAAUUUCCCUGGAAUAAACUAGUGAUAUCCAUUGAGAAAAUGUUCUUAAGACGUUAAAAUCUUUGGUGCAUAGCAAGUCCUAAUUAUGAAGAGUCUUUCGGGGGAGUUUAAUGGUUCAUAAUAGAGCAAACUUUGACUCAAUUACAGGCAAACUUUGACAGACUAGUAACAACUCCGAACUGUCUUCUUCUUCUUUUUUCAUGUACUCUCAAAAAACUAGAUUGUAGGGGAAACU